CUCAAGGGCGAACCCCAUCUGUCGUUCUCGACACAACGUCUCGUUCCCUCCAUCAGGGAACUGAGGUUACAUACGUAACCAAGACGUUAUAACUGCUAAUUUGUAUUGGAGAAUGACUUUCGAAUAUAGAGAGGAUUAUAUAUGUUCAAGAAAUUCCAUCUGCGUGUCAUAACAUUUUUAUUAAAAGAAAGUUAAUAGCAACUUUAAUUUUAAUAUUGAAUAUAUGUUAGGGGGGCUACGGAUCCAACCGAAAAAGAGAAAACCUAAACACUUGGCAACCAGAGUGACUGCAUAUUAAAACAUAUUUGCUUGAGUUCUACUUACUGCACGUUAAAUAAUCUUGUAAACCACAUAAACAGCACUUGGGUUUGCUGUUGGGCUCCCUCAAAGUUUGCAGACGGUAAAUCGGGGAAGCCUUGCCCUGGCACGAGCACACCUUCUACCUAGAGUUUGUGAAAGAAGGUUCUGAACGACUGCUGUAAUAAUAAACUAUAACUGUCACAGAGGCAAGCUUUAUUCCCAAAAGUGCAUUUGAAUAAAUACACAAAUUACAUCCAGUGACAACUCCCCUUAGCCCAAGAAGACCCAUCUGAAAUUCUCAUUCUGAAGUCUAUUUUGAGGGCCGUAGGACAUUUCUCUGCUUUGGAAAAAGAGCUUGUGUUAGUGCAUUAUAACCAGUCCUUGGCCACAUCAAGAGACAUUUAGUCCAACUGGCCAGGGAACAUUUCAUCAUCCCUGUAGUUGCAUUUUCUGUGAUCUCUUGUUUGUAAGGAAUUGGAGGAAUUAAUCUUUCUGGAAACUGAUGGAAAGUUCCAGCGUUUUUAGUUAUUUUAGAGCGUUUAAAUGGCAUAAUUUGUACUUUUGCUUUAGCAUGACAAUCUUCAGCUGGAAUAUAAUUACUUUAUAUGAGCCAUGCAGCAUCCAGUGCCUUUUAAGGCUUAAAUCCCACUUUUGAGUGAAAUAUGAUUUCCAGUGUUGUACAUUUGAGGAUUAGUUUGUUUUUUCUGCGGUUGAAGGACCGGUUGACAAAAAUCCUUGUUCUCGUAGGCUGAAAUAUUACCUAGACAAUGAUUCACCCUGAGGCAAGUGCGGGCUCAAAUGAAUAUGAGUGGUCAGUUUUAAGCUUUGGGAUAUACUUCAUUGAGUACUUUGAGUAAAAAACUUUGAGUGCAACUUAAGAAUAAGGCUGUGUACUUUACUGGUGAUCGGAAAGUCUGGGGGUCAAGGUUUGACUGGAUAGCUGCAACAGUUAGCAAAUGUUGGCAGAGUAACUACACAUUUUUUUCAUGAAUUGCUAUUCAUUAGGGUCCAGGUAUUGUGACAUAUUUGCUCUGUUAUUAUAGUACAGGAUAUCUUCCUCUCACUCUAAAUCAUUUUUUACACUGACCCCACAACCUAUUCUCUUACACAUUGGGGUUCUGAGAAUAUAACUGUAAAAGGUAUGCCAUCUUUGGUCAACAUACUACUAUUUGCCACACACAUUGGCAUGUCUGAAACUUUUUGUAUCUGUGGAUGUUUCUUUUAAAGUCAAUAAAGUUGACUGACAAAUUAUGUGUCCAUCUGAUUUUGGCACAUAUUGAAACUGCCACAUCAAGUCAUUAAUGAAGCACUGAACCCGAUGCUUGAGUGACAGGCCCUAUCUUGAGUGAGUGACAGGCCCUAUCUUGAGUUUUGAGUGGCAGAUAACUGAAAGUUCAAGUGCUCUUGCAAAGUCACCAUGGCAACUGUGCUCUCCUCUCCUGUCACACUAACAUCAAGUGCUCUGGGACUACAGCUUCAGCUGAGUGUCCUUGAUAACAUGACAGAUGGAGUUUUAAAUCAGGUGGGACAUCAUGGGUGACUCCCGUUUUGGGAAUAUAGGAAAACCCUCCAUUUUCCAUUUUUUGCAUUAGAUAAUGGUAAAUCAUAAACAUAAAAAGAAGAAAUGUUGACAUCUCUAUUUUAAUGUUUACAGGAUGCGUUUAUAGAUUACAGUAUAAUCUGUUUUACCCAGUAUCAGAUCACAUUGAUAAUGCCCGCUAACUGCAAAACAGAAUCUUACAGAUUUGCAAAUCAAUUUAAUGCAUAACUGGGGUUUAAACACAACAUUUUAAUUUGCACGUAGGUGUUGUGGUCGAAAACACAAAGUUACUCCAUGUUAAAGCAUUUUUAGCUAUGAUUUAGAUAUGAAUCAGUAAGCACUUCAAUAUUUCAAACAAUCUCUUAAAAUAAACAAACGAACAAACAAACCAAAUAUAAUAAUUUAUUCACCUAAUUUGUUUACAAUCUGUGUAUACUUUUUAUUGUACUGACCUUAAAGGUAGAUAUGUUAAAGUUGAGAUGUCAUAAUCCAAUUAUUAUCCUAGAUUCGUUCUGGUAUAUGAAAUCUUGAAAUCUUGAAAAACAGUCCAACCUUUUCUAAAACCAACAUAAUAUUAAGCUACAAAAUACAAAGUUUUUGAUAUCAUAUCAUAUAUUUUGAAUCAUAUUGUAAAACCAUUUUGUUGUCUUCUAAUGAAAGUGAGCUCUCCAAAACUAACCUUUCACACACGGUGUCAAGCAUUUUCUUUAUCAGUUAAUUGAUGCAAUUAAUAAAAUAAUGUUAUGUGAUUUUAUAAAUAUUAUUUUUAUAUUACCAAAGCCCUCUCAAGGUCUUUGGCUAUUAUUCUGUUAAAGGCCAGACUGUCACCUGUAGGAGGAGCUAUGGAUCAUAACAUGUGCUAUUACUAGGAGAAGUGGAAACGGUUCCCUCUAGUCUUUGUUUACCUUCCAUAUAAGCACAGGAAUAUCACCAGGAUAUAAGCAUGCAGGACUAUUAGAGUGUGAUUAAAUGAGAAAUAAGCCAAGAUACUGACAAUCAUCUGCAGUUUCAAAAUGUUUCAUACAUAUUUCAUUUUGUAAACACAUCAAGCAGCAUUUAUGAGGUUACAUCCAGCAGAGAGGGGAGAGGGAGAAGAUAGAGGGAGAGACAGAGAAAGUGAGUGAGUGAGUGCUUUUAUGCGUGAGAGAGAGAGAGAGAGCGGGGGGAGCAAAGAAGAAAAGAGAGAGAGAGAGAGAGAGAGAGAAAGAGAGAGAGAGCAAACACAAGGAUAGCAGGCUUGACAUAUACAUAUUCGCAGUGAACAAACACAAAUCCUAAUGCCAGAGAGAGACGAAGCCACUGAGAGAAGAAGGUCACCUCUAGAACACUGAAGAAACGUUCACAGGUGGGUCAAACGUGAAGACCGAAACUCAGUGGAAGUCUGGAAAUGGGAAUUCAGGAGGUCCUGCUCUGAAUUGUUGUACACACAAUUUGAUGCCACAUCCCUGAAAGUCGACAGGAGAACGCGUUGCAUUCCUGAGGGUCACAAUGGAGAAACUCUCUGAGAAAGAGAAGGGGCUGAUCCGGGACAGUUGGGAGAGCCUGGGAAAGAACAAGGUGCCACAUGGAAUUGUUAUGUUUACGAGGCUUUUUGAGCUGGACCCAGAACUACUUGCGCUCUUCAGCUACAACACAAACUGUGGUGUUGCACCUGAAUGCCUGUCCAGCCCAGAGUUCCUUGAUCAUGUCACCAAGGUAAUGUUGGUCAUUGAUGCAGCUGUAAGCCAUCUUGAUGACCUACAUACUUUGGAGGAUUUCCUGUCAAACCUAGGUAGACAGCAUCAAGCAGUUGGGGUGAAGACCCAGUCCUUUGCUGUGGUUGGAGAGUCUCUGCUGUAUAUGCUUCAGUGCAGCCUGGGUCCGGCAUACACGGCACCGCUGCGCCAGGCCUGGCUCAAUAUGUACAGCUUUGUGGUGUCCGCCAUGACUAGAGACUGGGCCAAAAAUGGAGAGCACAAGACCAACUGAAAAGGAGGUAGAUGUGAGAUUCACACUGAAGAUAUACCAUACAGUAUGUAACAAACGAUUGCAGAUGUACAGUUACAAAAAAAUCUUUUGAAAGAGUGAAGGGGCUUGAUUUAUUACAGGGAAAAUCUAUUCAACCGAGUUGCAUCGGCUUCCUAAACAGUCCCAACUGUGGUAGCUUGCUCUAACUGUAGUCUGAGAAUGUACGAGAUGUCAGAGAUAACAACGCCUAAACGACGUUGAUAAAUCCUGGACGAAGUUUUUGGUUGAAACUUCAAAGGCAAAAUUUGCUUUGUACAUAUAGUCAUGACUAAACGUAUUUCCUUAAAAUAUCUUAAAUGACUGUCUAGAUGUAUUGAUGUUCCAUGUUCAUAGGUUUGACUAUGCACAUACGGGCUUGGUCAUCUUAAAUAGUUUUGGUAGCCUCUAGAAACGUCUGGAAUCUAGAAACGGUCUUUACAAAAACUAUAAUUUUAUUUUAAACCUACGUUAAACAGGAUGAAUUUUCUAGUAAACUCAGAGUAGGGGUCAGUUAAGCACAUCAGCAUGGUUCUUAUGAAUAAUUCAAGGGUCGCUAAAGAUCCUUCGACUUAAAAAAAAUAUCACUAGCCAUAAUAAGUUAUUGUUACCAUUGGAUUAUUUGAUCAUAAAAUUUACUUUGUCACAAUGAACGGGAUUUCUGGCGAUGAAAGUUGAUUUUGAUGAGAUGAAAUGACGAGAACUGUUACAUCCAAAAUAGCUUUUGGAAUUUUUAGACUGUUAAUUUAUCAGCGUGUGCCAUCUCAUAAGUUUACAUUUCCAUUGUAUGAGAUCAUACUCGAAGCACUCACAUACUCAAAAGUGUACCAACGACAGACUUUUGAAGACUGUUAAUAUUUACUGCUCUUGUGUGGACCUAAGUGACUGUUACAGUAUAUUAUUUUAGCUAGAUGAUCUAUUCACUUUGGAAUUGUAGGUAGUACAUUUUUAUGUCAACUGAUCCGCUUGGACAAGAGCUAAGAAUAAUGACUUUUUUUAUUUAAUUACCUUUUUAAUGUUUUGUUAGCAAUCAUUCUGAAUAAUAUUUUUUUUAAAGCGCCGUAAUGUUAGUUUACAACAUACGGACUACAGUUUAUCUAGAGAUAUAUUUGUCACGAUUAUGAGCUAUAAAAUAGUGUUUAAAGCGAUGAUAACUGUUUUGCUGCUAUCAUUAAAAAAAUCUAUGUCUUUGUAGAAACGUGGUCCUCUUUAUACCAGAAAUAUUUCUACAUUGGAAAGGUUCUGGCCAAGUAUCUCAAAAUGCAUAGAGGUAACUGUGUGUCACAGCUUGAUAUGUAAUCUUUUGGUAUGUUACAACUGAUGUUUUACUGUAUAUGAAAGUACCUUCUUCAGGUAUAAAAUCUUUUGUGUAUAUUUAGGUGUAUGUGGAUUGAUCAUUUUAUGUAUUGCUUAAUGGUGAACUAUGAUACUGUAUUUUAUUUGUGUAAAAUAUACAUUUUUGUCUCUCAAAGACUGCCCUUGCUGAAAAUGUACCACCUGAUGGCUUUCCAAUAACCUCUAAGAUGUCAGUCUUUAUUGAAUGAUGGAGCUUAUACAAGGAUGGAAGGAGGUUCUUUGUGAUUAUCUCUGUUUAUUGACCACUAAAGAAUUGUUAAUGUGCAGUGUUUGCCCCUGUGAUUUUCCUCUUGAUAUUCUACUCUAAAUUGUCUCAAUGUCUACCUCACUGAAGCAGCUGCUACUGAACAGCGAUGUUAUGACCUGACUCCUCAGUAACCAAAAAAGUGAUAAGUCACACGGUACGUUUUGUUUCUUCAGCCAGUCACCAAUCCAGCAAGCAUCAGGAUAACUGAAGACUUUAUAUGUCAACAUAUGUGCGUGAAGCUUAUU